UGGGUAUGACUAAAGUCUAAAAGCAAGUGAAAAUUAACCAGGCCCUGAGUUUGAAGGACAGGGCUAGAGUUACAGAGACAGUGCCAGAAUCUACGAUUUAGGACAAGUGAGAGACGUGGUGGCAGUAAGUUAGGGUUAGGUAGCUAAUCUCCACAGCACAAGAGUCUAAUCUUGAGUGCUGAAUACAGUGAAUGGUUUGGGGCUUUGAGUUGUGGACUGUGGAGAGGCGAUCGAUCAAAAAUGAGGAAACGAGAUUUGGCAAUUCUCAUGCUCUCAGCUUUCGCCAUCUUCUUCUCUCUUCAGCACGAGGGUGACUUUUCCUUUAAAGAGGCGUGGUUCCAUCUUUCCGACGAAUACCCUAUCAAAUACGAAGCCGAGCGUCUCCCUCCUCCCCUUGUCGCCGAUCUUAAUGGCGACGGAAAGAAGGAGGUUCUUGUCGCCACUCACGACGCCAAAAUUCAGGUUUUGGAGCCCCACGCCAGGCGUGUGGAUGAAGGGUUCAGCGAAGCUCGUGUGCUGGUAGAGGUUUCUUUGUUGCCUGACAAGAUCCGUAUUUCAUCUGGGAGACGAGCUGUGGCCAUGGCCACGGGUGUUGUUGAUAGGCAUUAUAAACAGGGUCAACCACAAAAGCAGGUUCUGGUUGUUGUUACCUCCGGUUGGUCUGUAAUGUGUUUCGAUCACAACCUCAACAAGCUAUGGGAAGCAAAUCUACAGGAGGAUUUUCCACAUAAUGCUCACCAUAGGGAGAUAGCAAUCUCAAUAAGCAAUUAUACCCUGAAGCAUGGCGAUGCAGGAUUGGUAAUUGUUGGGGGGAGGAUGGAAAUGCUACCACAUAUUUACAUGGAUCCUUUUGAAGUCAUUGGGAUGACAGAGAAAAAUGCAGAGCAGCAUAGAAGAAGUGCGAAUGAAAAAGAGGCCUCUGAGAAUGCUGGAACUGUGGAUUUGCGACACUUUGCAUUUUAUGCAUUUGCAGGCCGAUCUGGUGCAGUUAGAUGGAUGAGAAAGAACGAGAAUAUUCAAACGCUUUCAUCUGAUGCAUCACAACUAAUUCCACAGCAUAACUAUAAGCUUGAUGCUCAUGCUUUGAACACUCGUCAUCCUGGAGAGUUUGAAUGUAGGGAAUUUAGAGAAUCAAUCCUUGGAGUUAUGCCACAUCACUGGGAUAGGAGAGAAGAUACUUUGCUUAAGUUGGCACACUUCAGGCGGCACAAGAGGAAAACAUUGAAGAAGACUCAAGGGAAAAGUACAAAUUAUCCUUUCCACAAGCCUGAGGAAAACCAUCCUCCUGGAAAGGAUGAUACAAAAAAAAUCUCUAACCUGAUAGGAAAAGCUGCCAAGUAUGCUAGUUCAGCAAAAUCCAAGAAGCCGUUGCCUUAUGUUCCUACCAUAACAAACUACACUCAACUCUGGUGGGUUCCUAAUGUUGUUGUGGCUCAUCAAAGGGAAGGAAUAGAAGCUGUUCACUUGCCCACUGGUCGCACUAUCUGUAAGCUUCAUCUUCAAGAAGGUGGUCUCCAUGCUGAUAUUAACGGAGAUGGGGUUCUAGAUCAUGUCCAGGUGGUUGGUGGAAAUGGUGCUGAACAAACUGUUGUAAGUGGAUCCAUGGAAGUGCUGCGACCCUGUUGGGCUGUUGCAACCUCUGGUGUACCAGUGCGAGAACAACUUUUCAAUGCUUCUAUAUGUCAUCAUUCCCCCUUUAACUUGUUCCAACAUGGAGAGUUUUCCAGAAGUUUCAGUCGAACUCCAGAUUUAGGUUCUCUGGAGGUUGCCACACCCAUUCUCAUUCCGAGGAAUGAUGGUCAUAGACAUCGUAAGGGAAGCCAUGGUGACAUUAUCUUCUUAACAAACAGAGGGGAGGUAACAUCAUACUCCCCUGGCUUGCAUGGUCAUGAUGCCAUUUGGCAAUGGCAGCUCUUGACGGGUGCUACAUGGUCAAACCUUCCAUCACCAUCUGGGAUGAUGGAAAGUAUGGUGGUUCCCACCCUGAAGGCUUUCUCAUUGCGUGCGCAUGAUAAUCGAGAACUGAUCCUUGCAGCAGGAGAUCAAGAAGCCAUAAUGAUGUCUCCAGGAGGAAGCCUAUUGACAUCGGUUGAGCUUCCUGCAGCACCAACACAUGCCUUGAUCUGUGAGGAUUUCUCAAAUGAUGGUCUCACCGACCUUAUCCUUGUAACCUCCAAUGGGGUGUAUGGCUUUGUCCAAACCAGGCAACCGGGUGCCCUCUUCUUUAGCACCCUGGUGGGUUGCCUUAUAGUUGUGAUGGGAGUCAUAUUUGUUACCCAAUAUCUAAAUUCCAUGAAGGGGAAACCUCGUGCUUCAUCGGGUCCCAGAUAAAAAGCAAUGGUUUUAUAACAGAAGACUGACCAGCCUGACAGAGAAGCAAGCCAGUUCCGCAUUAGGUUCUUGGGAAGUCAUCCUACAGUUGAAGAAUGACAUCAGAGGAGAUCCCUAAGCUCAUGGUCAUGGUGGUGUUCAUGGGCUAUUGGGACUGGAACAACAUUUACCAUUAAAGGAGUUUUUGCUUGUAAAAUAUUUAAAAUUAAUUCUCUGGGAGGACGACAUAGAACAGAGUCCAUGAAAGCUUUUGGAAGAUUUUGGGAUCAUUACUUAAAUAGAUACGAGUUUCUUUUUUGUUGUUGGCAA